UUAUCGACUCAGCUGCAGUAAAUAAACUACUGUGAAUCGAUGUGUAUUCAUUUUUAGAUACAACGUGCUAAAAAAACACAAAUUUUAGUAAAUAUUUGGGAAAAUAAAUAAGUUUUUAAUAGUAUAGUUAAUAUAUAAAUUUAACGAUGGCGGAAAUCCUCAAAGAAAUACAAGAACGCGAUUUAUCAGAGUAUGAAACUAUUAAAACUAAUGGCAUAUGCUCCGAUGAGGAGCUUCAUAAAUUGCUAAAGGAUCGUGAACGUUUCGAGACUAAAGUGAUCCAAAGCAAAAAGACACCCAUCAAUUAUAUCGAAUAUAUACAAUUUGAAAAGAAUACACAUAAAUGGGUAACGGAGAAGGAGAAACAGAAUGGUUGCAACUUGACUAGUGUCAAAAAGUCUAUAAUUCAACGCAUUAUUAGAUUGUAUCGCAAUGGCACACAACAAUUCCCAGACGAUGAACGGUUAUGGAAAAGUUUCAUUCAAUUUAGUCAGAAAUCUAAUCCGGGACAAGUGGCUGGUAUAUAUGAAAAAAUGUUGUCGUACCAUGGCGACAAAGACUCAAUUUGGUGCGAUUAUGCAUUGUGGGCUUAUGAAUCAACUCAAUUACUGAAGAAUGUAAAGGAAAUAUUCUUUCGCGCCCUUAAGAGACACCCCACAUCAGAAGUGAUUAAUCUAACGUUUUUCGAUAUAUUGAUCAAAGAAACUGAUAGAAUUUCUAAUGUCGAUAAGCUCAAUGUAGCAGAACGUCAACUGGCUUUGGAUAGGGCAGUGUUGUUGUAUCGUAACAACAGAGCGAAAAUAACCAACGUUUCCUACUACCUCAAGUUAUUGGAAAGAUGCGAAGAUCCCAAGUUUGUGAACUGUACUGUUCUCUUACAAAAGGAGAUAAUUGAUGAUAUUUUAAAAUAUUUCUCUGCUCAAGCCAUCGUGUGGGAUUAUUUGGCUCAACGCGAGUUAAAAGGUUACAAUAUGAUUGACUUACAAGAGAUCACCUCCAAAAAAGUAGCCGAAAUACAGGAUAUGCAAACAAAUUUAGAAGAUGAAAAAGACCCAACAAUCAAGGGUGAAGUUUGGAAGGUGAGAAGCCUUAAAACACGUAUUGAAUUGUGUUUCCGAGUUUACGAAAAGGCCGUAGAUGCAGUACCAACAGAAGAAAUGUGGUCAUAUUUUAUUAAUGCCAUGCUAGACUUAAAUCAAGAUGUUCGUAUGGAUGGUGAACUAAAACGUCAUUGUUUAGCAAAAUCAUUCAAUAUGGGUCACAAGUCGAGACUUAUGAGUGUGGAACACUACCAAGCUUGUGUUGAAAUGCUUUUGAAAUCACCUAAUGGCAUAAAACAUGUUGAACAAUUGCUUAGUGAGGCCACCGAAACACAUAAAAUGGCUUUAUGGGUGGACAAGCAUCGUCCUCGCGAAUUAGUUAAAUUAGAUUACCACAAGGAACAAGCUGAAAAUUUGAGGAACCUAAGCCAGCAGGGAGAUUUUCCACAUUUAAUGUUUUACGGACCAUCUGGAGCUGGUAAGAAAACACGUAUUAUGUGUCUACUGCGAGAGCUUUAUGGACCGGGUGUUGAAAGACUUCGUAAUGAGACGAUGACAUUUACCACACCAUCAAAUCGUAAGAUUGAAGUUAUGACUGUUAGCAGUAACUACCAUUUGGAAGUAAAUCCCUCAGAUGCUGGCAUGUAUGAUCGGGUAGUUGUUAUUGAUCUAAUUAAACAAGUAGCCCAAACACAUCAAAUCGAUCCCAACGGCCAAAGAGACUUCAAGGUGAUUGUUUUAUCAGAAGUGGAUGAAUUGACUAAAGAUGCUCAACAUGCCUUGCGUCGCACCAUGGAAAAAUAUGUAGCCACUUGUCGCAUUAUAUUAUCAGUAAAUUCCACAUCAAGAGUCAUACCGGCUAUACGUUCACGUUGUUUGGGUAUACGAGUGGCAGCUCCUAGCCCUGCGGAAAUGUGUUCUGUACUCCAAGCCAUAAGUAAGCGGGAAAACAUAGCAUUGCCUUCACAGUUGGCCGAGCGCAUAGUAGAAAAAUCUGAGCGGAAUUUGCGUAGAGCUAUUUUAAUGUUGGAGGCAUGUAAGGUGCAACAAUAUCCCUUCACAGCUCAACAAGAUAUUGUCGAACUUGAUUGGCAAGUAUUUUUACGUGAAACUGCCAGCCAAAUAUUAACUGAACAAUCUCCAACGAAAUUGGAAAAAGUUCGAGAUCGUUUAUAUGAAUUGUUGGCUCAAGGUGUACCUCCCGAUGUUAUUUUCCAAGGCUUGGUUAAAGAAUUGGUACGAAAUUGUGAUAUGUCAAUUAAGGCAAAGACUCUUGAAUACGCAGCAUUAUAUGAACACCGUAUGCAAAAUGGUGCUAAACAUAUUUUCCAUUUAGAAGCGUUUGUGGCACAGUUUAUGAAUAUUUACAAGAAAUUUAUAGCCGAUGCCAUGAUGAUGGAAGAUUUUUAAAAAAGUAUAUUUAAGUUUUUUAUCUAUCAUAAAUUUAGAUUUAGAAUAAGAUUUGUUUCCGUGAAUAAAAUCUAUUAUGAAUUAUU